CGACAUUGUUGUUACACUUGGUUACUCUACAGUAGAGACAAAUUGUGCAAUAUUUUAUUUUUAUAACCUGGGUUUAAGUAGGAUUUUUUUUGUACUUCUAUAGUGAAUUAUUCGAUACAUUACUAGCAACUAAUUAGUGAAAAGCAUUACGUCAUUGAAAAGUUCAAUGGUAUCAUUUAGUUUGAGAAGCGCGUGAACAGACUCGCCGUGGAUUUAAUAGUAAUUAAAUUAUUUAUUGAAUAUGUUCUAAUCUUUAUUGAUAUUAUUAACCAUAUUAACAUAAACAAAUAAAAAUCUCGUCACAGCAACUGGCGAUUAUAAUCAUGUAUAGUUUGGUUUUUGUGAAAAAUGGAAUAUUUACCUUCUAAAGGAACAUCAGCAUCAUGGAUCAAAGUACGAUAUAUUCAGAUGGUUUUACUGUUUUUCCUUAUGGCCGCAUCAUACGCUAUAAGAACAAUCCUUUCUGUAGCUAUUGUGGCUAUGACAACUCCAAAUACCUCAACUAAUAGCAAUAUUCCUACCUUUGACUGGAAAAAGACUGAUGGAGUAGUCCUCUCCUCCUUCUACUGGAGCUACGCAGUUUUACAAUUUUUCGCAGGACCUAUUGCUCACACGUUUUCGCCUAAAUUAAUUCUAAUUAUAGCCAUGUUAGUCAACGCUGGAACAUGUCUACUAAUUCCUAUCUUUAGUGUUUAUUUGGGGAUAAGCGGAAUUAUUGCAUGUAGAGUUAUACAAGGUAUUGCCCAAGGAUUCAUAAUACCUUUGACACAUAAUAUGCUGGGAAAAUGGGCACCUACCGAAGAAAGAUCUUGGAUUAAUACCUCAGUAUAUUCUGGUUGUAGUUUUGGUACAAUAAUAUCUAUGCCAAUCACAGGCUACCUAUCAUCAUCCAGUCUAGGUUGGCCUGCUUCAUUUUAUUUCUUCGGAAUCUUAGGAAUGGUCUGGAUUAUAUUCUGGAUAAUUUUUGGUGCCGAUAAGCCAGCAACACAUAAAAGCAUCAGUUUAGAAGAACAAAAGUAUAUUGAGGGUUCCUUGGGGCAAGAAGAAGAUGACACGUUGAUGGUAAGAAGAAUAGGAGUUAUUAGUAAUAUAACUAUAAUAGUAAUAAACUCAUUUAAGAAUAAAAAUGUUCCUUGGAAAGCAAUAUUCACUUCGUUACCAUACUGGGCAGUUAUCAUGGGAGCAAUAGGAGAAUCAUGGGGUGGUACGUUUUUGAUCACGGAAAUUCCGUCCUACCUUGGGAAAGUUACCGAUAUUGAUAUUGAAAAGAAUAGUUUAUAUUCCUCAGCACCAUAUGUAGUUGCAGCAGUUUUAACACUUUUCUAUGGUCCUCUGGCAGACUAUCUUAUCCUGAAACAAAUUACUUCUAGAAAAACUUCCAGAAGGUUAUUUCAUGGUAUUGGAGCUUUCCUGCCCGCUGCAGCCCUAAUAUGGCUGGCCUAUGAGGAGAACCCAGUGGGAAUCGCAAUUUUGCUUAUUGUGGCUAUAAGUUUGAACGGGGCCAUGUUCUGCGGACAUAACGUAAACCAUAUUGAUAUAUCACCCCGAUUUUCCGGCGUCCUCUUUGGGAUUUCUAACGGAAUCGGACAGAGCCUGGCGAUAUUGGCGCCCAUCUUAGUUGAAUACGUUGUCUAUGACAAGACUGAUAAAUCCUUAUGGAGGACAAUGUUUAUCAUCGCUGCGAUGAUUUACGCUGCUACAGCUCUAUUUUUUAUAAUCUACUUAUCUGCCGAAAGACAAUGGUGGGAUUCCGCAUCCAACGUUAAAAUGAGGGACUUAGAAGCAAGAGAUUUAGAAAAAUCUCAUCAUUUGGUAACGAGUGAAGAGUUAUAAUAAAUGAUUGCUUAUAUGCGUUUUUAUAUUUUUAAUUUAUAUCAUAGAAUUAAAUUAUUAUAGUAAAUAAAAA